UUAAAAAUAUAAAACAUUACACAAGGUCUUGUAAUAAAUGGCAUUAUGGUUAUAUUGCAAUAAAAAACGCUGAUUCAAAUUAAAUAAUAAUAACUAAUAAUUAUUUAGGAUCUGAAGAUUAGUAACACACAACAUUUGAAAUGACAGAUCUACCAUGUCUACGAUUUUUAAAUAAUCAUGGAAGGGCCAUACUUGGAACUGUACAACGAUUACCAUUACUUUUUUGGUUAGAUACUCGACUAAGAAUUUACGCUGCCAAAGAGAUGGCAACAAUAAAAUUUUAUGUUGAAUUCGUACUUCUAACAAUUUUGCUUACAUUGGACAACAGAUCAUUAGGAAAAAUAUACAAGUUUUUUAUGUGUUUCGUGUUCAUGAUAAUGACGUGGCCGUUUUCCAAGUACAAUAUUUGGAAUUUUUUAAUCAGAACAGAAACCGGAUAUCGAACAUCAUUCACCAUGCAGAAGAGAACGUUUCACAUUCACUUGUAUUACCAUUUAGCAGUUUCGUUUUUAGUCAUUGCAACCUUCUUAAAGGUUGUGAGUUUCGUGGUCAAAUUGUACAGGUAUUUUCCCAGUAGACUAGUGGUAAUGGGUACCAGUUUAACAACAGUUCAUGUCCUAGCGCGUGCGUUAACUGGUGUAUGUUCUUCAGUGUUUCAGAAUAAUGUUUUAAUAAUUUUGUAUCAUCUUGCUUUAGUCUAUUUGACGAAUGACCUAUUCCGCAUAAAAUUUGUUGUAUAUCUUUCCCUCGUUCAAUUUUACUACACUUUAUACUGGCACAGUAUAACUUUUUAUUUGUUCUUUAUAAUCAUUGCUGUGUCUUACUACUUUGAAGAAGGCGACGAACUAUAUUCUGUUAAAAAUGCCUUAAGUGGAAUCAAACAAGUAAAGAUGAUAGGAAUAGACUGUAACACUUUACUUCUGUAUUCUAUUUUAUUGUGUAUCUUUAUUUCACUAGAUUUACACAAUGCAAGUGUUUUCCUAGCUGGAACUAUUUUUCUGACCACCAUUAAUAUAAUAUGUGCCACAUUACUAGGUACGAUUGCCUAUGUAUCUGGUAUCUCUUACAUUACCCUUCUUCUACCAACUGCAACGAUGUGGUUUUUGCGUGGAAAAAAUCAUGCCAGAAACACUUCCGACCAUUAUACAUGUAAAUAUACGUUUGCGUUUUUUAUCUUAGAAGCUCAGUCGUAUAAUAGUGCAGGAACAUAUAUAUUGAUAUACUGUUCCCAGAAUAGUGGUAUUAAAUUGCAUGGUAUCAUUAUGUGUUUUGGUAUAUUUAUCUUAGCUGGUUCUGUUUUAGAAGAUUUACACAAGAUUGUAGACUCUUUCUUACUGGAAGUUGGAGCAUCAGGGGCCGGAUUUUUUAAAACCUGCAAAGCUGUUUCAGCUAUUAUCAUUUUAAUAAUAUUUCCUAUUUUUAUUGUUGUAAAACUUUAUCAAAUUAGACUUAUUGAUAUAGGGAUAGUAUGGUUUAUUGUGGUAACGUCUACAUGGCUAUCUGUAACUGUUGAAGCUAUAGGAUCUCUAUCAGUAUAUCUCCUGUUGGUUUUUGACAGUUUAGAGCCUGAUGCAUGGAUAAACUUGGAUAAAUCCAUGUAUUGCGUACGUGUUUUAAUCGGAAUAAUUCACAUAUUUUUUGGAACAUUACAUAUAUGCUAUCUGAUUUGGAACAUAACCACUAUUCAAUGGAGUUGGCUUGGUUGUAUAAUUUUAGUUGGAUGUAUUUACAAUAUUUUCGAAAGAAUAACUAAUGGAUGGAAGGAAGUCCAUAGACUAUCAUUUUUACCGAAUGCAACACAAGAACAGCUACAUGCAUUAAACGAUGUAUGUGCAGUUUGUCUGCGCAAUAUGAAAUCCGCAAAAGUAACUCCUUGUAAUCACUAUUUCCACGAAUCAUGUUUGACAAAGUGGUCUUACAUUAGUAAAAAUUUUCCACUUUGUAGUACAAUGAUUACAACUGAUUGGGCUGACGAAGUUGACGAAUUUGAAGACGAAUAAAAUCGAUAUUGGAUAAUAUCAGGAUUACAAUAAAAUACCAAAAAAUUAAUUAGUUAUCGCUAUUACACAUUUCUUAAUUAUGGCUAAGCCUAUACGAAAAUCAUUAUUCAAUGGGGGGAGAUAACUUGUAUUCGUGAUUUUUUAAAAUGUCUAUACCAUUUAUGAAUUUUACAUAAUGAUACUAUCUUUUUGCAAAACUUCUGAUGUACUUUAUACUGCUGGAGGAAGUUGACAAAUAAAACAGAAGUUAAAUAAAAUUUAAUUAAUCUACAAAACUGGAAAGCGCUAGAAUAUAUCAAUAUUGUAGGAACAUGUUUUAAACUAAUAAACUGGCAAUCACUACAAUAACCCUCCAGCAAAUCAUGUAGUUUAGUUUUGAACUAUAUCAACCUGGAGGGUCUUGUGCUCAUUUUUCUAAUAAAGAUCUAAAUCAAAUGCUUAAGACAAAAUUUUUAACAACUAAGUAUUGUGAAUGUAAAAAGGGUGUGCAUCAAAUCUGUUGUCAGUUGUGAUAAUUAUAAAAAAUACGAAGAUGUGGUAUGAUUGCCAAUGAAACAACUAUCCACCAGAGACCAAAUGACAUAGAAGUUUAUAACUAUAGGUCACAGUACGGCCUUCAGCAAUGAGCAAAACCCAUACCGCCUGUCUGCUUUACAAUAUUAUGCACAUUUAUAGCUUUUAAAAUCAGUUCAAUAUCAACUUAAAGGCUGUGAGAAGAAGUAAUAAAGUUAUACUUUGUUGCCUUAUUAUACCCGCUGUAUUUUUUAGAAACACUUUGUAAGUAGUGUCUGGAGGUGUCUGUCCAUGUAUCCGUCUUUUCGUCCCACUUUUCACUUUUCUUUUACUUCUAAAUUGAUAAACAUGAUUUGGUGAAACUAUAACAACACCUUACACAUGAUGUACUUUUGGACCUUUACUUUCAUUUUUUUAUCCGAAUAAUUUUUUGGGUUCAUUUUGCAAGACAUAAACUUUGUCAUAUCUGCACCAUGAGUGCACAUGUAUUGAUGCUUCUCUUCCUAAGCCCCUAAUCAGAAUUUUAUGAUACUUUUUCAGAAUCUUCAACCUUCAAUGUCUUUGUUUACCUCCUAUUGUCAUUGCUUUAUCUGGGGAUAUCCAUGUUGUGUCUGCAACUCCUCCUAAAUCCCUUAUUCAAUUUUUUUAUCUUUCUAAAAAUCUUUACCAUAUCAUUCCAUUGUGUACAUCUUUUUUUGGUUUUCCUUGAAAAUCAUAGACUUUGCCAUUGCUUCAAGUGGGAUAGGGGGUAUCAUAUUUAUGAGCUUUGGUCGCAGGACCUCUAGUUUGUAUAGAUAUGGAAAAUCACAAAGAUCAUUUGGAUAUAACAAAAAGCAUUUGGGAGUUG